GCACCUUGCUCCACGUUUUCUGUCCCAGCGUUCCUUUUCACGCCUGCGGAAGCCCGGGCCGCUGGCGGGGGUGAAGGAAGCAUGGGCGCCGCGGCGGAGCUGGGGGCCGCGGCGAGGGGCUCGCUGCUGCUGUGCGCCGCGCUGCUGGCAGGGGGCUGCGCGCUGGGCCUGCGGCUGGGCCGCGGGCGGGGGUCGGCGGACCGCGGGGCGCUCGCCUGGCUCUGCUACGACGCCCUGGUGCACUUCGUGCUGGAGGGCGCUUUUGUCUACUUGGCUCUUGUGGGAAACGUUGCUGAUUCCAGUGGCUUGCUUGCUUCAUUGUGGAAAGAAUAUGGCCAAGCUGAUGCAAGAUGGCUUUAUUUUGACCCGAACCUUGUGGCUGUGGAGCUUCUGACUGUUUUCCUGGAUGGGUCUCUGGCAUUGUUCCUCGUUUACGCCAUUGUCAAGGAGAAAUGUUAUCGGCAUUUCAUACAGAUCACCCUGUGCGUGUGUGAAUUGUAUGGUGGGUGGAUGACCUUCUCCCCAGAAUGGCUUACGGGAAGUCCCAACCUCAACACCAGCAAUUGGCUCUACUUUUGGGUAUAUCUGGUAUUUUUUAAUGGUGUGUGGGUUCUGGCGCCAGGACUGUUACUGUAUCAGUCAUGGGUAGAACUCAGGAAAAUGCAUGACAGGGAAACCUGUUUGGGGAAGAAGCUUCACUGAAUUUUCAAAACCAUAAACACUAUUUAUUAUCUUGCUUUAUGAACCAGAAUGACUCUAGCCUUUUUGUUUGGCCAAAAUGUAAUACAGUCCAGUUUAUACUUUCUUUUUAUAAUGUUGUUCCUGAACAGCCUAUUUCAGAUUGAUUGUAAGGUGGCAAGAUUUUAUAUCUUUUUUUCCAGUUAAAUGGAAAUGUAGGGGGAAAAUAAUCCAUUUUAAUUUGUAAUAAUAGCACAUUUAAUUGUACGUUUUAAUGAUGUCAUUAAUUGUUCCAUAUUAAUAAAGCCAAUUUAUUCUAGAAUACUCUAGAGACUGUUACUUUAAUUUUUUAUCCCAAAGAACAUGUUAUUGCUUCAUCUUUCAAUCAUCUCACUAGUUUUUUGGUUUCCAAAAUGAAAUCGGAAGUGGAAUAAAUGAUUGUAUUUUACAUUUGUACUUUUUCAUCUUUGUGAACCCGAUAAAAAAUGGUAAUAGUAGGGACUUGAGAGUGAGCUAAUCCUUAUGGGUAAACAUUUGGUCUUCACACAGCAAACGUCUGAUUUAUACCUGUCCCUUUUCACGGAGGAGGAGUGGAGAAAUUGUACAGGAACACACAGCACAUAUGAUAAAAAAAAAAAAAAAGGACAUCAGGAAGCAGGAGCAGAGGGAAAUGAGGGUGAGAAAUAAUCAGAUAAAGGUAAAAUUAAUAUGCAAAAUGUACAGCGUUUGCAUUUGAAGCACAAAUUGGGCACUACCUUCAGUACCAAGAGGGAAACAUGACCAAAUGGUGUUCAUAAAACACUAGUUUUGGGACAUGACUAUAGCAGCUCUGUGGUGGUUGGGAAGCCCUGGUGGUGCAGUGGUGAAGAGCUCGGCUGCUAACCAAAAGGUUGGCAGUUGGAAUCUACCAGCCACUCCUUGGAAACCCUAUAGAGCAGUUCAACUCUGUCCCGUAGGGUGACUACGAGUCAGAAUCCACUCAACGGCAACAGGAAACGGGAUGGGGGUUGGGGUGGAGGUACUCACAUUAACUUAUUCAAUACUUGCUGUCUUAGUUAUCUGGUUAUCUAGUGCUGCCACAGGCAGAUGGCUUUAACAAACAGAAGUUUAUUCUCUCACAGUCUGGGAGGCUAGAAGUCUGAAUUCAGGGUGCCAGCUCCAGGGGAAGGUUUUCUCUCUCUGCCAGCUCUGGAGGAAGGUCCUUGUCGUCAAUCGUCUCCUGGUCUAGGAGCUCCUCAGCUCAGGGACCCCAGGUCCAAAGGACAUAACUCUGCUCCAGGCACUACUGUCUUGCAGGCAUGAGGUCUCUGUCUCUCUGCUCACUUCUCUCUUUUAUAUCUCAAAAGAGGUUGACUCAAAAUACAACUUCGUCUUGUAGAUUGAGUAUUGCCUUAUUAACAUAACUGGCUCUAAUCCUGCCUCAUUAACAUCCUAGAGGUAGGAUUUACAACACAUGGGAAAAUCACAUCAGAUGACAAAAUGAUGGACAACCACACGGUACUGGGAAUCAUGGACUAGCCAAGUUGAUAUACAUUUUGGAGGGACACAAUUCAAUCCAUGACACUUGCAUUUGGCUAUAAACUCACAGCUAUAUAUAUGUGUGUGUGUGUGUGUAUACACACAUAUAUACAUAUAUAUAUAUAUGGCACUGGGUUUAUGAUAAGGAUGCUACAGAACAAUCAAGAGGGUGAUCUUUUCAGUGAAUGGGUCCAGACCAGUUAUGUAUCCAUGUGAAUCUUGACCCUUACCUCAUAUCAUAUACAAUAACAGAUUCCAGGUGGAUUGAGAGCUAAACAGCAAAAGCCAGACAGUAAAGUUUCAAGAAAACAUUUCUUAAAGAGGACACAAAAAGCACCAACCAAGAAGGAAAAGAUUAAUAAAUUCACUACAUUUAAAGUAAGUACUUCUCUUCGUCAAAAGCCACCUUUAAGAGAAUGGAAAGGGAAGUCAGAGAUUAGAAGAUAUUUUCACUACGUAUAACUGACAAGACUCAUCCCAAAUAAAGAACUUCUGUAAAUCAAUUAGAAAAAGACAGGCAAUCUGAUAGAAAAGUUGACAAAAUAUUUGAAUAAACACUUCACAAAAGGAAAUAUACAAAUGACCAUUAUCAGAGAAAUGCUAACUAAAGCCAUAAUAAGAUACUAUUAGAUACCUACCAGAGUGGCUAAAAAUGAAAAGACUGACCAUGCCAAGUGUUGGUGAAGAUGUGGAGCAACUGGAACUCUCAUACACUGGUGAUGAAAGUAUAAAGUGGAAAACUUUUGAAAUAAUUAUUAAAACUGAACAAGUAAAAAAAAAAAAAAUUUUUUUUUUUUUUUACGUGCCCUAUAAACCAGUAAUUUAACUCCUAGGUAUAUAACUCAUAGAAAUAUCUACUAGGUGCACCGUAAUGCCAGCAUUAUUCAUAAUAACCAAGAACUGGAAACAACCUAAUUUGAUAAGUUGUGGUAUACACAUAAAAUGGACUAUUGCUUCUGGGUGGCACAAACAGUUUGUGCUCAGCUACUGACUGAAAGUUUGGCAGUUCAAAUCCAAACAGCAGCACUGUGGAAGAAAGGUCGGGUAAUCCACUUCCAUAAGAUUACAGCCAUUGAAAUCCCUGUGGAAUGCAGUUUACUCUGACCCACAUAGGGUCGCCAGGAGUUGGAACUAACGUGACAGCAAUGAGUUUGGUUUUUCUGGUAUACACCCAUGAAAAUAAACUCAUAAUAACGUGGAUGAAUUCCACAGACAAAAUAACGAAAGAAGCCAGACCAAAAGAAUACAUACUAUAUGAUUUCAUUUGUAUAAAAUUCAAAAACAUAAAAGUAAUCUAUGCUGUUAGAAAUCAGGGUAGAGGCUGCCUUUGGGGAAGAGGGUGAGUGUAGGGAUAGGAGAGGUCAGAGGAGGCUUCUGAGAUGCCAGUAAUGUUCUGUUUUUGUAAUUUGGGUGGUAUUCAUUCAACUGUACACUUUUGAGUUGUGAGCUUUUCUGUGUAUAUGUUUGUUCUGGGUUGAACCAUCUCCCCAAAAAGAUACAUAGCAAAAAAGAAAAACCAAACCCAUUGCCAUCGAGUCAAUUCUGACUCACAGCAACCAUUUAGGACAUAGUAGACCUGUCCCAUAGAGUUUCCAAGGAGCGCCUGAUGGAUUUAAACUGCCGACCUCUCGGUUCACAGCCAUAGCUCUUAACCACUACACCACCAGUGUUUCCCGGUACCUGUGAAUAUGACCUUGUUGGAAAUUGAGUCUUUACAGAUGUUAUUAGUUGAUAUGAGGCCAUACUGGAGUAGGGUGGGUCCUAAUCCAGUUUGAGUGGUGUCCUAUAAAAGACAAGAGUCACACAAGAAACAAUGUCCUGUGAAGGUGGAGGCAGAGA